GAGAGAGGUUAUUGUGCAGUGUGACAUGCAACCUGCCUCCAUCGCAAGAGGCCACCUAAGGACACUACCUGCUACAUCGUCCCGACAUCUGGCUCAGACUCGUCACCUGCGAAUCCCACCUCGUUCGGCUUAUCAAUAUCGGAGCGUUACGAUUCGACCAUCAGCAUCAGCGUAUACAGGCUUCAUGGGUGAUAACAUCGUCAAUUUCUAUUCGGGUCAACCGCCCUUGAACAGGUUGUCGUUUCAUCGAAAUGAGACUACCAAGAUGGACAAGCACCUAAACGCCUCGGAAGCCAAGUUCCUCCUCUUCAAAGACGGAAAACCGCUCAUGUCCAUGCAAACCUCCGGGGAAACCAAAGACAAGACACCUACCGGUCUUCUCUACCUCUCCCAAUCAAGCAUCACCCCGUACCUCCCCUCGAAGUCCUUUGCUGAGUGUCCCAAUCCUGAAGAUAAGGAUGUGGCUAAACAAUACCAAUCCGCCCGACUCCCCACGACACUUCCAGCGUUGGUAUUCUUGGGGAUCGACGAUAGGACAGAAGCUAAAGAAGGAGCUGUACCGGCCGAGGUGAACCCGAAGGAUCCCAAGGGGGUGCCUUACUUCGCUCUCGAUGUGAGCGGAGCGAACGUGGGCGGGGGGAACGUCGAUCUCGGUGAGCUUGGGGCUGGGGAGGCGGAAUUCGUCGAGCCUAGGUUGGCGGGGAGUAGUCUAGGAGGGUGGGAGGCGAAUUUAUUUGCCCAGGCGAGGGCUUUGAUGGACUGGAACACCCGGUACAAGUUCUGCCCUGGUUGCGGAUCCCCAACCUAUUCACUUUGGUGCGGCUGGAAACGAGGCUGCGGGUCCGUCGUCGGUGAAGGUCGGGACGGUUACGGAGGAGAAGGGGGGAAGGUCUGUCCCUCUACGAAGGGGCUGCAUAAUUAUGCUUAUCCCCGGACGGACCCGGUCAUUAUCAUGGGUAUCCUAGACCCGACGGGCAAGAAGAUGUUGAUGGGUCGACAGAAAGCUUGGCCGAAGGGGAUGUACUCGUGUCUGGCCGGGUUCAUCGAGCCAGGAGAAUCGAUCGAGGAUGCUGUUCGACGCGAGGUCAUGGAGGAGGCCGGCGUCAAGGUCGGGCAGGUCCGGUACUCGUCUUGUCAGCCUUGGCCCUUCCCUGCAAACUUAAUGAUCGGAUGUUACGGUCUCGUUGCUUCGGACGCCGGCUCAAUCGAUCUCGAGCUGGAUAAUGAGCUCGAGGACGCUCGAUGGUUCACGCAAGAUUCUGUGCUGGAUAUCCUUAACCACCCGGAAGGUACCAACAUCACCCGCUCAGAGCAUAAAAAGUUCGAACCCAAGCAGGUCAACACCGCGUCAGGAGUACAGGAGGGAGCGGCACUGGCUCCGGCCGAAGGUCAGACGGAGGAGUCGGCACUCGAGAACGCUCGAACGGAGGGACCUCCGCCCUCGUUCAGGUUCCCGCCCAAGACCGCUAUCGCAGGGGUGUUGAUCGAUAGAUGGGCGAGGGGGCAGAUGGACGAGGUUGCUAUCGAGAGCGUCAAGAACAAGUUGUGAAACAAAAACGUCGUGCUUGGAAACGAUGAUGUAUCGAUUCUGCAUGCGUGUUCGUUCGAGAUCGCAUCACUCGGUCGUCAUUUUGAAAGGAAGGCAUGGCAGCUGCCUCGCAUAAGCGUUGUGCUCCAAUUCGCGAGCGAUCAGCCGGUCGAGCGAUUGUCAGUGUACGAAUAAUGACAACAGGAAGGAAC